GGGAGGGAGGGAGUUCUGACUGCACCGAAAUGUCAUAAAAAAAAAAAGGGAAAAAAAAAAAAAAAUAAGGCAACUGACAGAAGAGAGAACUUGUCCUCAGAUUCCUGCUUUAUGCCGCAGUGUAAACCAAGUCUCUGAAAGUGCUGUGAGAGCUGGAAGGAGGCAGAGAUGAAGUUCAGAGGCGCGGGAGCAGGGAGUAACGGUGUUCGUUUGACCAUGGAGAGCGCUCUGACAGCCCGCGACCGCGUGGGGGUGCAGGAUUUUGUCCUGCUGGAGAACUUCACCAGCGAAGCAGCGUUCAUUGAAAAUCUGCGUAAGCGCUUCAAGGAGAAUCUGAUCUAUACAUACAUUGGCUCGGUUUUGGUGUCUGUUAAUCCAUACAAGGAACUGGAAAUCUACAGUAAACAGAACAUGGAGCGAUACCGUGGUGUCAGCUUCUACGAAGUUUCUCCUCACCUCUACGCUAUCGCAGACAACUCGUACCGCUCGCUGCGCAUGGAGAGGAAGGAUCAGUGCAUUCUGAUAUCUGGGGAGAGCGGGGCUGGCAAGACGGAGGCCACCAAGAAGAUCCUGCAGUACUACGCGGUGACCUGCCCAGCCAGUCAGCAAGUUGAGACGGUGAAGGACCGCCUGUUACAAUCCAACCCUGUCCUGGAGGCCUUUGGAAAUGCGAAAACCCUUCGGAAUGAUAACUCCAGCCGAUUUGGGAAAUACAUGGACGUGCAGUUUGAUUACAGGGGUGCUCCUGUUGGGGGCCACAUCUUGAACUACCUCCUGGAGAAAUCUCGAGUUGUGCACCAAAAUCAUGGCGAGAGAAAUUUCCACAUUUUCUACCAGCUGCUAGAAGGAGGGGAAGAAGACUUGCUGCGACGGCUAGGCCUUGAAAAGAACCCACAACAGUAUCACUAUUUAGUAAAGGGUCACUGUGCAAGGGUCAGUUCCAUAAAUGAUAAAAAUGAUUGGAAGAUUGUGCGAAGAGCCUUGUCCAUUAUAAGCUUCAAUGACAACGAGGUGGAGGACUUGCUGAGCAUUGUGGCUAGUGUUCUGCAUCUGGGGAAUGUGCAGUUUGCUGCAGAUGAGCAAGGAAAUGCUCAGGUCACUACGGAGAAUCAGAUUAAAUAUCUGGCUAGGCUUCUAGCGGUUGAGGGCUCUGUUCUACGAGAUGCACUGAUCCACAAGAAGAUCAUAGCGAAAGGGGAAGAGUUAAUCAGUCCCCUGAACCUGGAGCAGGCAGCCUAUGCAAGGGAUGCACUUGCUAAAGCAAUAUAUGGACGCACUUUCUCCUGGCUGGUGAACAAGGUUAACAAGUCUCUUGCUUACAAGGAAGGAGAGUUUCCUGGCUGGAGAAGUACAACAGUUCUAGGAUUGCUCGAUAUUUAUGGAUUUGAGGUUUUCCAGCACAACAGCUUUGAGCAAUUUUGUAUUAAUUACUGUAACGAAAAAUUGCAACAGCUCUUCAUAGAGCUCACAUUAAAGUCAGAACAAGAGGAAUACGAGUCAGAAGGCAUAGCGUGGGAACCAGUUCAAUAUUUCAAUAACAAAAUCAUUUGUGAUUUGGUGGAAGAGAAGUUCAAAGGCAUCAUUUCUAUUUUGGACGAAGAGUGUCUGAGACCUGGAGAUGCCACAGAUACAACGUUCUUGGAGAAACUGGAGGAAACUGUGAAGAACCACCCCCAUUUUCUCACGCACAAGCUUGCUGACCAAAAAACUCGCAAGUCUUUGGGGCGGGAAGAGUUUCGGCUUUUGCACUAUGCUGGAGAGGUCACCUACAGUGUUGCAGGUUUUCUAGAUAAAAACAACGACCUUCUCUUUCGGAACCUGAAGGAGACCAUGUGCAACUCUGAGAAUCCUAUCAUAAAUCAGUGUUUUGACAGGACGGAGCUGACAGACAAAAAGAGACCCGAAACGGCAGCAACUCAGUUUAAAAACAGCCUCUCUAAACUCAUGGAAAUUCUGAUGUCCAAAGAACCGUCCUACAUCCGAUGCAUGAAACCUAACGAUGCUAAACAGGCUGAUCGAUUUGAUGAAGUCCUAAUCCGACAUCAAGUGAAAUACCUGGGGUUGAUGGAGAACCUCAGAGUGCGGAGAGCUGGCUUCGCAUAUCGAAGGAAAUACGAAGUUUUUCUGCAGAGGUACAAAUCACUUUGUCCAGAAACGUGGCCUACAUGGGAUGGACGGCCCCAUGAUGGCGUGGCUGUGCUGGUGAAACAUCUUGGCUACAAACAGGAAGAAUACAAAAUGGGACGAACAAAGAUUUUUAUCCGCUUUCCCAAGACUUUGUUUGCAACGGAAGAUGCUCUGGAAGUGAGGAAGCAGAGCCUGGCAACAAAAAUGCAGGCCACAUGGAGAGGUUUCUACCGUCGAAAAAAAUUCCUGCACAUGAAACACUCAGCAAUAGCUAUCCAGUCCUGGUGGCGGGGAACCCUGGGACGCCGAAAAGCUGCCAAGAAGAAGUGGGCAGUAGAGACUAUCAGAAGAUUCAUUAAGGGUUUUAUUUACCGGAAUCACCCUCGCUGCCCAGAGAAUGAGUAUUUCCUUGAUUACAUCCGCUUUUCCUUCCUGAUGAACCUCAAGCGUAAUUUACCAAAGAACGUUUUAGACAAGUCAUGGCCAACUCCUCCUCCAUCGCUCUGUGAGGCAUCCCAGCUCCUGCGACAGUUAUGCAUGCAGAACAUGGUCUGGACCUACUGCAAGAGAAUCAGCCCAGAGUGGAAGCAACAGCUGGAACAAAAAGUAAUUGCCAGUGAGAUUUUUAAGGGUAAAAAAGACAAUUACCCUCAGAGUGUUCCUAGACUCUUCAUCAACACUCGACUUGGUAAUGAAGAGAUAAACACUAAAGUCCUUCAGGCUUUAGAAAAUGAAGCAAUUAAGUAUGCAGUUCCUGUGAUCAAGUAUGACCGGAAAGGAUACAAAGCAAGAGCACGGCAACUGCUUCUUACCCAAAACGCAGUCAUCAUCGUUGAAGACUCCAAAAUCAAACAACGGAUUGACUAUGCCAAUCUGACAGGCAUCUCCGUCAGCAGCCUGAGCGAUAACUUGUUUGUGCUGCACGUGCACUGUGAGGAUAACAAACAGAAGGGAGAUGUUGUACUUCAGAGUGACCACGUCAUCGAGACACUCACAAAAACAGCCAUGCGGGCAGACAAAGUCAAUAACGUCAACAUCAACCAGGGCAGCAUAAAAUUCACAGUUGGACAAGGCAAAGAAGGCAUAAUUGAUUUUAUAUCAGGAUCAGAACUGCUCAUAGCCAAAGCUAAGAACGGCCAUCUAACCGUGGUUGCUCCUCGUUUGAACUCUCGAUGAUGAAGCGUGCCACCACUACAGGACCCUUUCCUCCAUCAGUCUGACCACACCCUGUACAAUUGGCUGGACUUGGUUCCCAGCAAAAUCCCCCCCCCUCCUUCCUCGCUUCGCUCAUUUCGUUUGUUACCAAAGACCUGCACUUUCAGAAAACCCACAAAACGCAUCUUGCUUUCUUGUCUUAAUACUGAAGUUCCAAAAGAAAGGCCUUCUCUUCCUUACCUUAGUGGCAAACACACGGGUCCAACGUGAUGUCUGUGAAACCGUGGCUCAUGAAACAUGUUCAGCUGGGCUCUGAGAGAGGUAGUUCUGACUCUAAUAGAGUUUAAGCCCUGAUGGAAAUGACCAAAAUUUGUGCUUGGCAUCAUCUACAAAGCACAAUCAGAAAACAAAACGCUGCUGCUUUGUCAGCCAAAUCAAUUCAAUGCCAAACUUUAUAUUCAAAAUGUUUUAUGAAGAAUUUUGCUCUGAGAUGUUUUGAUGCUUUGUGUUACAAUAUUAAAGCCAUAUUGUGUAAAUGAGUAAAAAAAA